AUGUGCUUUUCCUCUUCAGAUGCAGCAGGUUCAACUGUAGCUCCAGCGCCUCCUGCAAUCACCCUGACGGAGGCAGCCCUGAAGAAUCUCAAGCGCUUGCGUGAGGACACUGGGGAUGAGAAAGUUAUACUGCGGAUGGGUGUCAAGUCUGGUGGUUGUUCAGGCAUGAGCUACCACAUGGAUUUCGAGAAGGAGGAGAACGUGCGCGCCGAGGAUGCUGUUAUGGAAUAUGAGGAUGGCUUCAAAUUGGUCUGUGACCCCAAGUCUCUUCUGUAUCUCUUUGGGAUGCGGCUGGACUACUCUGCAGCCCUGAUUGGGGGAGGCUUUCAGUUCCAUAAUCCUAAUGCUGAGAGCAGCUGCGGGUGUGGCAAGUCAUUUGGUGUGUAG